AUGAGCUUGUCCUGGCAACCCCGGAAUUUCAUUUUCUGCUUCUACAGUCUUUUAUUGCUCUCUCCAACAUGCCUGGCGCUUACACCUACCAAAGAAAACUGCUGUGUCUUAGAUGAGAGAUUUGGUAGCUAUUGCCCAACUAUGUGUGGCAUUGCAAGUUUCCUGUCCACGUACCAAACCGAUGUGGACAAGGAUCUGCAAACUUUGGAAGACAUCUUAUAUCAUUCAGAAAACAGAACAGCGGAAGCCAAAGAACUGAUCAAAGAAAUCCACAUCAGCUACAAUCCUGAUGAACCAACAAGACCAAAUAUGAUCCAGGGUGCUACUCAGAAAUCCAAGAGAAUGUUAGAAGAAAUUCUGAAAUAUGAAACUUUGAUUGCAACACAUGAAUCAAGUAUUCGAUUUUUGCAGGACAUAUAUAAUUCAAAUACUCAAAAGAUUUCCAACCUGAAACAGAAGGUAGCCCUGCUUGAAGAGAAGUGUCAGGAACCUUGCAAAGACACAGUACACAUACAUGAGGUAACUGGAAAAGAUUGUCAAGACAUUGCAAACAAAGGAGCCAAACAGAGUGGGCUAUACUUCGUCAAGCCUGCAAGAGCUAAGCAGCAGUUCUUAGUCUAUUGUGAAAUUGAUUCAUCUGGAAAUGGGUGGACUGUGCUUCAAAAGAGACUUGAUGGUAGUUUAGAUUUCAAGAAAAAUUGGAUUCAAUAUAAAGAAGGGUUUGGACAUCUGUCUCCUUCUGGCACCACAGAGUUUUGGCUGGGAAAUGAGAAGAUUCAUUUGAUAAGUACACAGUCAGUAAUUCCGUAUGCAUUAAGAGUGGAGUUAGAAGACUGGAGUGGCAGAAAAAGUACUGCAGAUUAUGCCAUGUUCAAGGUGGGACCUGAAGCCGACAAAUAUCGCCUGACAUACGCAUACUUCAUCAGUGGAGAUGCCGGAGAUGCCUUUGAUGGCUAUGAUUUUGGUGAUGAUCCCAGCGACAAGUUUUUCACAUCCCACAAUGGCAUGCAGUUCAGUACCUGGGACAAUGAUAAUGAUAAAUUUGAAGGCAAUUGUGCUGAACAGGAUGGAUCCGGUUGGUGGAUGAACAAGUGCCAUGCUGGCCACCUUAAUGGAAUUUAUUACCAAGGUGGCACUUACUCAAAAGCAUCUACUCCUAAUGGUUAUGAUAAUGGCAUUAUUUGGGCCACCUGGAAAUCCAGGUGGUAUUCCAUGAAGAAAACCACCAUGAAGAUAAUUCCACUCAACAGACUCUCCAUUGAAGAAGGACAACAACAUCACUUAGGGGCAGCCAAACAGCUUGGGUUUGAGCACCAUGUUGAAAUAGAAUAUGACUAA